ACUCUGGGAGAAAAACUUGAGUGGUAUAAGUGGAGUUUUAAUUUUUAUUCUGUGAAUGCAGUGAAUAAUACAUGCAAAUUAGAAACGUGAAGGAAAAUGCUGGUCCUCCAGAAGACUUUCCAUUUGGAAGCCUGUUGGGUGUUGAGCAGGUCUCCCGGGAGUUAGAAGACCAUUCCAGAACAACUGACUCCAGCCUGUCCCUGUACUGCUACAAUGUUUAGGAUUGGCAGGAGACAGCUCUGGAAGCAGAGUGUCACCCGAGUUUUAACGCAAAGACUGAAGGAAGAGAAGGAAGCCAAGCGGGCUCUUUUGGAUGGGAGGCAUAACUACUUAUUUGCAAUUGUGGCUUCCUGUUUGGACCUGAACAAAACCGAAGUGGAGGAUGCCGUUCUUGAAGGGGAUCAGAUUGAAAGAAUUGAUCAACUUUUUGCUGUUGGAGGUCUCCGACACCUCAUGUUUUACUAUCAAGAUGUGGAGGAAGCAGAAACAGGACAACUUGGCUCUCUAGGAGGGGUAAAUCUUGUUUCUGGAAAGAUUAAAAAACCUAAGGUGUUCGUGACCGAGGGAAAAGAUGUGGCUCUUACUGGGGUAUGUGUGUUCUUCAUCAGGACUGACCCUUCCAAAGCCAUCACCCCUGACAACAUCCACCGGGAGGUGAGUUUUAACAUGUUAGAUGCGGCAGAUGGAGGCCUGCUCAACAGCGUGAGACGUUUGCUGUCCGACAUCUUCAUUCCUGCUCUCAGAGCCACGAGCCAUGGCUGGGGUGAGCUCGAGGGCCUUCAGGACGCAGCUAACAUUCGGCAGGAGUUCUUGAGCUCCCUGGAAGGCUUUGUGAACGUCCUGUCGGGUGCACAGGAGAGUUUGAAGGAGAAGGUGAAUCUUCAAAAGUGUGACAUACUUGACCUGAAAAACCUAAAGGAACCUACGGACUACUUGACUCUAGCAAAUAACCCUGAGACCUUGGCAAAAAUAGAGGAUUGUAUGAAAGUAUGGAUCAAACAGACAGAACAGGUUCUUGCUGAAAACAAUCAGCUGCGGAAGGAAGCGGAUGACGUUGGGCCACGAGCGGAGCUGGAGCACUGGAAAAAAAGACUCUCCAAGUUUAACUACCUUUUGGAACAACUGAAAAGCCCAGAUGUGAAGGCUGUGCUGGCGGUGCUUGUGGCGGCCAAGUCAAAACUGCUGAAGACUUGGCGGGAGGUGGAUAUUCGAAUCACUGAUGCAACUAAUGAAGCGAAGGACAAUGUGAAAUACUUGUAUACACUUGAAAAAUGUUGUGACCCUUUGUACAGCAGUGAUCCACUAUCCAUGAUGGAUGCUAUUCCUACACUUAUAAAUGCAAUUAAAAUGAUCUAUAAUAUCUCUCAUUACUAUAACACUUCUGAGAAGAUCACAUCUCUGUUUGUAAAGGUGACAAAUCAGAUUAUAUCUGCAUGUAAAGCCUAUAUCACCAAUAAUGGAACCGCUUCCAUCUGGACCCAGCCACAGGAUGUUGUUGUAGAAAAAAUACUAUCUGCGAUUAAACUGAAACAGGAAUACCAGCACUGCUUUCACAAGACAAAGCAAAAGCUUAAACAAAAUCCAAAUGCAAAACAAUUUGAUUUUAGUGAGAUGUAUAUUUUUGGAAAAUUUGAAACUUUUCACCGACGCCUUGGCAAGAUAAUAGACAUCUUUACAACCCUCAAGACGUAUUCAGUCCUGCAAGAUUCCACAAUCGAAGGGCUGGAAGACAUGGUCACUAAAUACCAGGGCAUUGUGGCAACCAUAAAGAAAAAGGAAUACAAUUUCUUAGACCAGCGGAAAAUGGAUUUUGACCAAGAUUAUGAAGAGUUUUGCAAGCAGACUAAUGACCUUCAUAACGAGUUGCAGAAGUUCAUGGAUGUUACAUUUGAGAAGAUUCAAAACACAAAUCAAGCUCUAAGAAUGUUGAAGAAAUUUGAAAGGUUGAAUAUACCUAAUCUUGGUAUUGAUGACAAAUAUCGACUUAUCCUUGAGAACUAUGGGGCUGACAUUGAUAUGAUUUCAAAGCUGUAUACAAAGCAGAAAUACGACCCUCCUCUGGCUCGAAACCAGCCUCCCAUCGCUGGAAAGAUUUUGUGGGCCCGCCAGCUCUUUCACAGGAUUCAGCAGCCCAUGCAGCUUUUCCAGCAGCACCCAACUGUGCUAAGCACGGCAGAAGCCAAACCUAUAAUUCGCAGUUACAACAGGAUGGCCAAGGUCCUCCUGGAGUUUGAGGUCCUCUUCCACAGGGCGUGGCUUCGGCAAAUUGAAGAAAUUCAUGUAGGUCUUGAGGCUUCAUUGUUGGUGAAGGCCCCAGGCACAGGGGAAUUGUUUGUAAACUUUGACCCUCAGAUAUUAAUCUUAUUUAGAGAAACAGAGUGCAUGGCCCAGAUGGGUCUGGAAGUCUCUCCAUUGGCAGCUUCCCUCUUCCAGAAACGAGAUAGAUACAAAAGGAACUUCAGUAACAUGAAGAUGAUGCUAGCCGAAUAUCAGAGAGUGAAGUCAAAAAUCCCUUCUGCCAUUGAGCAACUGAUUGUCCCUCACUUGGCCAAAGUGGAUGAAGCUCUCCAACCCGGCUUGGCUGCACUGACCUGGACAUCACUGAAUAUUGAGACAUAUUUAGAAAACACUUUUGCAAAGAUCAAGGACCUGGAGUUGCUGCUUGACAGGGUCAAUGAUUUGAUUGAGUUCCGCAUUGAUGCCAUUCUAGAAGAAAUGAGCAGCACGCCUCUUUGUCAGCUUCCCCAGGCAGAGCCGCUUACCUGUGAAGAGUUUCUCCAAAUGACAAAGAAUCUUUGUGUAAAUGGUGCACAAAUACUACAUUUUAAAAGCUCAUUAGUGGAGGAGGCAGUCAAUGAGCUUGUAAAUAUGUUGCUGGAUGUGGAAGUUUUAUCUAAAGAAGAAAGUGAAAAAAUAUCCAAUGAAAAUAAUAUUAAUUACAAAAAUGAAAAUUCAGCAAAAAGAGAAGAAGGAAAUUUUGACACCUUGACAUCAUUCAUUAAUGCCAGAGCCGAUGCCCUGUUUUUGACGACAGUCACGAGGAAAAAGAAAGAAACUGAGAUGUUAGAGGAAGAAGCCCGCGAGUUGCUCUCUCAUUUCAACCAUCGGAACAUGGAUGCUCUUCUGAAAGUUACAAGGAAUACACUAGAGGCCAUUCGCAAACGCAUUCAUUCCUCUCACACAAUUAACUUCCGGGACAGUAACAGUGCCUCUAACAUGAAGCAGAACAGUCUGCCCAUUUUCCGGGCAAGCGUCACUCUGGCCAUUCCCAACAUCGUCAUGGCCCCUGCCCUGGAAGAUGUACAGCAGACCCUGAACAAAGCCGUGGAGUGCAUCAUCAGUGUCCCUAAGGGGGUCAGACAGUGGAGCAGCGAACUGCUGUCCAAGAAAAAGAUACAAGAAAGAAAAAUGGCUGCUUUGCAGAGUAAUGAAGACAGUGAUUCUGAUGUUGAAAUAGGAGAAAAUGAACUUCAAGAUACCUUGGAGAUAGCAUCUGUAAAUUUACCCAUUUCCGUGCAAACCAAGAACUAUUAUAAGAAUGUUUCUGAAAACAAAGAGAUCGUAAAAUUAGUUUCUGUACUUAGCACAAUUAUCAACUCCACCAAAAAGGAAGUUAUUGCAUCCAUGGAUUGCUUCAAACGCUACAAUCACAUUUGGCAAAAGGGGAAAGAAGAAGCCAUUAAAACAUUUAUUACACAGAGCCCCUUGCUCUCUGAAUUUGAGUCCCAGAUCCUCUAUUUCCAAAACCUAGAGCAGGAAAUUAAUGCUGAGCCUGAAUAUAUCUGUGUGGGUCCCAUUGCUCUGUACACAGCUGACUUGAAGUUUGCCCUGACUGCUGAGACAAAGGCCUGGAUGGUUGUCAUUGGACGCCACUGUAACAAAAAAUACCGGAGUGAGAUGGAAAACAUUUUUAUGCUUAUUGAAGAAUUCAAUAAGAAACUAAAUCGUCCAAUUAAGGACCUAGACGAUAUUCGGAUUGCAAUGGCAGCACUGAAAGAAAUAAGGGAGCAGCAAAUCUUCAUUGAUUUUCAAGUAGGACCUAUUGAGGAAUCUUAUGCCCUGCUUAACAGAUACAGACUUCUAAUAGCAAGGGACGAGAUGGACAAAGUUGAUACACUGCACUAUGCUUGGGAGAAGCUGCUGACACGUGCUGGUGAAGUCCAGAAUGAAUUAGUGUCACUGCAGCCCAGUUUCAAGAAAGAGCUUAUUAGUGCUGUGGAGGUAUUCCUUCAAGAUUGUCACCAGUUUUAUCUGGACUAUGAUUUGAAUGGUCCAAUGGCUAGCGGCUUGAAGCCCCAGGAAGCCAGUGACAGGCUUGUUAUGUUUCAGAACCAAUUUGAUAAUAUCUAUCGGAAAUACAUCACAUAUACUGGAGGAGAGGAGCUUUUUGGCCUGCCAGUUACACAGUAUCCUCAGCUUCUUGAAAUAAAGAAGCAACUAAAUCUUCUACAGAAAAUAUACACUCUGUACAACAGUGUCAUGGAAACUGUAAAUAGCUAUUAUGAUAUUCUUUGGUCAGAGGUGAAUAUUGAAAAAAUCAACAAUGAACUAUUGGAAUUCCAGAACAGGUGUCGGAAGCUGCCCCGGGCCUUGAAGGACUGGCAGGCUUUUUUGGACCUGAAGAAGAUCAUUGAUGAUUUCAGCGAGUGUUGCCCGCUGCUGGAAUACAUGGCCAGUAAAGCCAUGAUGGAGCGGCACUGGGAAAGGAUAACCACCCUCACCGGGCACAGUCUGGAUGUGGGGAAUGAAAGUUUUAAGUUAAGAAAUAUCAUGGAGGCACCUCUUCUGAAAUACAAAGAGGAAAUAGAGGACAUCUGUAUCAGUGCGGUGAAAGAGAGAGACAUUGAGCAAAAGCUGAAGCAAGUGAUCAAUGAAUGGGACAAUAAAACAUUCACCUUCGGCAGCUUUAAAACCCGUGGAGAGCUCCUCUUGCGAGGAGACAGUACCUCGGAAAUCAUCGCCAACAUGGAGGACAGCUUGAUGUUGCUGGGUUCCCUACUGAGCAACAGGUACAAUAUGCCAUUCAAAGCCCAGAUUCAAAAAUGGGUGCAGUACCUUUCCAACUCAACAGACAUCAUCGAGAGCUGGAUGACAGUGCAAAACCUGUGGAUUUAUUUAGAAGCCGUCUUUGUGGGAGGAGACAUUGCCAGGCAGUUGCCCAAGGAAGCCAAGCGCUUUUCUAACAUAGAUAAAUCUUGGGUGAAGAUCAUGACUCGGGCACAUGAAGUGCCCAAUGUAGUUCAGUGCUGUGUUGGAGAUGAGACCCUGGGGCAGCUGUUACCGCACUUGCUGGACCAGUUGGAGAUAUGCCAGAAAUCCCUUACUGGGUACUUGGAGAAAAAGCGGCUGUGCUUUCCUCGGUUUUUCUUCGUCUCAGAUCCUGCCCUUCUAGAGAUUCUGGGGCAGGCAUCGGACUCCCACACUAUACAGGCCCAUUUGCUGAACGUGUUUGACAACAUUAAAUCUGUCAAGUUCCAUGACAAGAUCUAUGAUCGAAUUCUGUCAAUUUCCUCUCGAGAGGGUGAGACGAUUGAAUUGGAUAAACCUGUCAUGGCAGAGGGCAAUGUAGAAGUUUGGCUUAAUUCUCUUUUGGAGGAAUCUCAGUCCUCAUUGCAUCUUGUGAUUCGCCAGGCAGCUGCAAAUAUUCAAGAAACAGGUUUCCAACUAAUUGAAUUUCUUUCAUCCUUCCCUGCUCAGGUUGGAUUAUUAGGAAUUCAGAUGAUAUGGACACGGGAUUCAGAAGAAGCCCUUAGAAAUGCCAAGUUUGAUAAAAAAAUCAUGCAGAAAACUAAUGAGACUUUCCUGGAGCUACUCAAUACACUGAUAGACAUCACCACGAGGGAUCUGAGUUCCACGGAACGAGUGAAAUAUGAGACUCUGAUUACUAUUCAUGUGCACCAAAGGGAUAUCUUUGAUGACCUGUGUCAUAUGCAUAUCAAGAGUCCUAUGGACUUUGAGUGGCUGAAACAGUGCAGAUUUUACUUUAACGAAGAUUCUGACAAGAUGAUGAUUCACAUCACAGAUGUGGCUUUCAUAUACCAGAAUGAAUUUUUAGGCUGCACUGACAGGCUUGUCAUAACUCCACUUACAGACAGAUGUUACAUCACACUGGCUCAAGCUCUGGGAAUGAGCAUGGGAGGAGCCCCUGCUGGACCUGCAGGCACAGGCAAAACAGAAACCACUAAAGACAUGGGACGAUGCCUAGGGAAAUACGUCGUGGUUUUCAAUUGUUCAGACCAGAUGGAUUUCCGAGGACUUGGACGGAUUUUUAAAGGACUGGCACAGUCUGGAUCCUGGGGUUGUUUUGACGAAUUUAACCGUAUUGAUCUACCAGUUCUCUCGGUUGCAGCCCAGCAAAUUUCCAUUAUUCUGACAUGUAAAAAGGAGCACAAAAAGUCUUUUAUUUUUACUGAUGGAGAUAAUGUGACUAUGAACCCUGAAUUUGGGCUUUUCUUAACCAUGAAUCCUGGCUAUGCCGGACGGCAGGAACUCCCUGAAAACUUGAAGAUUAAUUUCCGCUCAGUGGCCAUGAUGGUGCCUGACCGUCAAAUUAUCAUAAGGGUGAAGUUGGCUAGUUGUGGCUUCAUUGACAAUGUUGUUUUGGCCAGGAAGUUUUUCACGCUCUACAAACUGUGUGAGGAGCAGCUUUCUAAGCAGGUUCAUUAUGACUUUGGCCUGCGUAACAUUCUGUCGGUUCUUCGGACCUUGGGAGCAGCAAAAAGAGCCAAUCCUAUGGAUACGGAGUCCACGAUUGUCAUGCGUGUACUGCGGGACAUGAAUCUUUCUAAACUGAUUGAUGAGGAUGAGCCCUUGUUUUUGAGUUUGAUUGAAGAUCUCUUUCCAAAUAUUCUUCUGGACAAGGCAGAUUACCCUGAACUGGAAGCAGCAAUCAGUAGACAGGUUGAAGAAGCUGGUUUAAUCAACCAUCCUCCUUGGAAACUGAAGGUCAUCCAGCUAUUCGAAACGCAGAGGGUGCGGCAUGGGAUGAUGACCCUGGGGCCCAGUGGGGCUGGGAAGACCACCUGCAUCCACACGUUGAUGAAAGCCAUGACAGAUUGUGGAAAACCACACCGGGAAAUGAGGAUGAAUCCCAAAGCGAUUACUGCCCCACAGAUGUUUGGUCGGCUGGAUGUUGCCACAAAUGACUGGACUGAUGGGAUAUUUUCUACGCUUUGGAGGAAAACAUUAAGAGCAAAGAAAGGGGAACAUAUCUGGAUAAUUCUUGAUGGUCCAGUAGAUGCCAUCUGGAUUGAAAAUCUGAAUUCUGUUUUGGAUGAUAACAAAACUCUAACCCUUGCCAAUGGUGAUCGGAUUCCCAUGGCUCCAAACUGCAAGAUUGUUUUUGAGCCUCAUAACAUUGACAAUGCUUCUCCUGCCACCGUCUCAAGAAAUGGAAUGGUUUUCAUGAGCUCUUCUAUCCUUGAUUGGAGUCCUAUUCUUGAGGGUUUUCUUAAGAAACGCUCGCCUCAAGAAGCAGAAAUUCUUCGUCAGCUGUACACCGAGUCUUUCCCGGACUUGUAUCGCUUCUGUGUCCAGAACUUAGAAUACAAGAUGGAGGUGCUGGAGGCCUUUGUCAUCACGCAGAGCAUUAACAUGCUCCAAGGCCUGAUUCCUCUCAAGGUAAAUUGCUCAACUUUCUAGAGAAAUUCUCUUAUCAACUUAGCCAUGCUGCGCAGAGAGUACUAUAUUUUCUUUUUUACUGAUCUGCCGCCGCCCGCGGGCCCCGGGGACACCGCCUUCGACUACUACGUGGCGCCCGACGGUACAUGGACGCACUGGAACACGCGUACCCAGGAAUACCUGUAUCCGUCCGAUACCACCCCAGAGUAUGGCUCUAUUCUGGUGCCAAAUGUUGACAAUGUGAGGACUGACUUUCUAAUUCAAACCAUGGCUAAACAGGGCAAGGCUGUACUAUUAAUUGGUGAACAAGGAACAGCCAAAACAGUCAUAAUUAAAGGAUUUAUGUCCAGAUAUGAUCCUGAAUGUCACAUGAUCAAGAGUCUGAAUUUUUCCUCUGCAACCACCCCACUGAUGUUCCAGAGGACAAUAGAGAGCUAUGUGGAUAAACGAAUGGGUACAACGUAUGGCCCUCCUGCGGGAAAGAAGAUGACUGUUUUUAUUGAUGAUGUGAAUAUGCCAAUAAUCAAUGAGUGGGGAGACCAGGUUACGAAUGAGAUAGUGCGACAGCUGAUGGAACAAAAUGGAUUCUAUAACCUAGAGAAGCCUGGGGAGUUCACCAACAUCGUGGACAUCCAGUUUUUGGCAGCCAUGAUCCAUCCUGGUGGUGGACGCAAUGACAUACCCCAAAGACUCAAGAGGCAGUUCUCUAUAUUUAACUGCACGUUGCCCUCUGAUGCUUCCAUGGACAAGAUCUUUGGUGUGAUUGGGGUAGGCUACUACUGUACUCAGAGGGGUUUCUCAGAAGAUGUGAGAGAUUCUGUCACAAGAUUGGUGCCCCUGACACGCCGACUAUGGCAGAUGACCAAGAUGAAAAUGCUGCCUACGCCUGCAAAAUUCCAUUAUGUGUUUAACCUACGAGAUCUUUCUCGGAUCUGGCAGGGAAUGCUGAACACUACUUCAGAGGUCAUCAAGGAACCAAAUGACCUGUUAAAGCUCUGGAAGCAUGAAUGUAAACGUGUUAUAGCUGACCGUUUCACAGUGUCCAGUGAUGUGACCUGGUUUGAUAAGGCUUUAGUAAGUUUGGUAGAGGAGGAGUUUGGUGAAGAGAAAAAACUGUUGGUCGAUUGUGGAAUUGACACAUAUUUUGUGGAUUUCUUGAGAGAUGCGCCUGAAGCUGCAGGUGAAACAUCUGAAGAGGCUAAUGCUGAAAUGCCUAAAAUGUAUGAGCCCAUUGAAUCUUUUAGUCGCCUAAAAGAGCGUCUGAAUAUGUUCCUGCAGCUGUAUAAUGAGAGUAUCCGUGGCGCUGGCAUGGACAUGGUGUUCUUUGCAGAUGCCAUGGUUCACUUAGUCAAGAUCUCUCGUGUCAUUCGUACUCCUCGGGGAAAUGCCCUCCUGGUCGGGGUGGGCGGAUCAGGAAAGCAGAGCCUGACGAGGUUGGCUUCAUUCAUUGCCGGCUACAUUUCCUUCCAGAUCACUCUGACGAGAUCCUACAACACAUCAAAUCUGAUGGAAGAUCUGAAGGUUUUGUAUAGAAUGGCUGGUCAGCAAGGCAAAGGAAUCACUUUUAUUUUCACAGACAAUGAGAUUAAAGAUGAAUCAUUUUUGGAAUAUAUGAACAAUGUUUUAUCAUCAGGUGAGGUCUCUAAUCUAUUUGCGCGAGAUGAAACUGAUGAAAUUAGUAGCAACCUGGUGUCAGUCAUGAAAAAAGAAUUCCCCAAGUGCCCUCCUACCAAUGAGAACCUGCACGACUACUUCAUGAGUCGGGUCCGACAGAACCUUCAUAUUGUACUCUGCUUCUCGCCAGUGGGGGAGAAGUUUCGAAACAGAGCUUUGAAGUUCCCUGCCUUAAUUUCAGGAUGCACAAUUGACUGGUUCAGCCGAUGGCCCAAAGAUGCUUUAGUUGCUGUGUCUGAGCACUUCCUCGCUUCCUAUGAUAUUGACUGCAGUUUGGAAAUCAAGAAGGAGGUGGUCCAAUGCAUGGGCUCCUUCCAGGAUGGGGUGGCCGAGAAAUGUGUUGAUUAUUUCCAGAGAUUCCGACGUUCUACCCAUGUGACGCCCAAAUCAUACCUCUCCUUUAUUCAGGGCUAUAAGCUCAUAUAUGGAGAAAAGCAUAUGGAGGUACAGACCCUGGCCAACAGAAUGAAUACUGGAUUGGAAAAGCUCAAAGAAGCUUCAGAGUCUGUUGCAGCCUUGAGUAAAGAACUGGAAGUGAAAGAAAAGGAGCUACAAGUGGCCAACAAUAAAGCCGACACGGUCUUAAAAGAAGUGACAAUGAAAGCACAGGCUGCUGAAAAGGUCAAGGCUGAGGUACAGAAGGUGAAGGACAGGGCCCAGGCCAUUGUGGACAGCAUCUCUAAAGACAAAGCCAUUGCUGAAGAAAAACUGGAAGCAGCAAAACCAGCUUUGGAAGAGGCAGAAGCUGCAUUGCAGACCAUCAGGCCUUCGGACAUCGCCACUGUCCGCACGUUGGGCCGUCCCCCUCAUCUCAUCAUGCGGAUCAUGGAUUGCGUACUGCUGCUGUUUCAAAGGAAAGUCAAUGCUGUCAAAAUUGACCUGGAAAAAAGCUGUACCAUGCCCUCCUGGCAGGAAUCCUUAAAACUGAUGACUGCAGGGAACUUUUUACAAAACUUACAGCAAUUCCCAAAAGACACAAUCAAUGAAGAGGUGAUAGAGUUUUUGAGUCCUUACUUUGAAAUGCCUGACUAUAACAUCGAAACUGCUAAACGCGUAUGUGGAAACGUAGCUGGUCUUUGUUCCUGGACGAAAGCCAUGGCUUCCUUCUUUUCUAUAAACAAAGAGGUGCUGCCUCUGAAGGCUAACUUGGUGGUGCAAGAGAAUCGCCAUCUCCUGGCCAUGCAGGAUCUGCAGAAAGCCCAGGCCGAGUUGGAUGACAAGCAGGCGGAACUCGACGUGGUGCAGGCUGAGUAUGAACAGGCCAUGACUGAAAAGCAGACCUUACUUGAAGACGCAGAGCGAUGCAGACACAAGAUGCAGACAGCUUCCACACUCAUCAGUGGCUUGGCAGGUGAAAAAGAAAGAUGGACACAGCAAAGCCAAGAGUUUGCUGCACAAACUAAAAGACUUGUAGGGGAUGUACUGUUGGCUACAGCUUUUCUAUCUUAUUCUGGUCCAUUUAACCAAGAGUUUCGUGAUCUUCUGUUAAAUGACUGGCGGAAGGAAAUGAAAGCCCGGAAAAUUCCAUUUGGAAAGAACCUAAAUCUCAAUGAGAUGUUGAUUGAUACUCCUACUAUUAGUGAAUGGAAUCUCCAAGGUCUGCCAAAUGAUGACCUGUCCAUUCAAAAUGGAAUUAUUGUCACGAAGGCAUCUCGUUACCCUUUGUUAAUUGAUCCACAGACGCAAGGCAAGAUCUGGAUUAAAAAUAAAGAAAGCCGAAAUGAACUCCAGAUCACGUCUUUAAAUCACAAGUACUUCAGAAACCAGCUGGAAGACAGCCUUUCUCUUGGAAGGCCCUUGCUUAUUGAAGAUGUUGGAGAGGAACUAGAUCCAGCACUAGAUAAUGUUUUGGAAAGAAACUUCAUUAAAACUGGGUCUACCUUUAAGGUGAAAGUUGGUGACAAGGAAGUAGAUGUGUUGGAUGGCUUUAGACUCUACAUUACCACCAAACUGCCUAACCCAGCCUACACCCCUGAGAUAAGUGCCCGUACCUCCAUCAUUGACUUCACUGUCACCAUGAAAGGUCUAGAAGAUCAGUUACUUGGGAGGGUCAUUCUCACAGAGAAGCAGGAAUUGGAGAAAGAAAGAACUUAUCUGAUGGAAGAUGUAACUGCAAACAAAAGAAGAAUGAAGGAACUAGAAGAUAACUUGCUUUACCGCCUGACAAGUACCCAGGGGUCCCUGGUAGAAGACGAGAGUCUCAUUGUUGUGCUGAGUAACACAAAAAGGACAGCCGAGGAGGUGACACAGAAGCUAGAAAUUUCUGCUGAGACAGAAGUUCAAAUUAACUCAGCCCGGGAGGAAUACAGACCUGUGGCUACACGGGGCAGCAUCCUCUACUUCCUCAUUACCGAGAUGCGCUUGGUUAAUGAGAUGUAUCAGACUUCGCUUCGCCAGUUCCUGGGCUUGUUUGACCUUUCCUUAGCCAGGUCUGUCAAGAGCCCAAUUACAAGCAAGAGGAUUGCUAAUAUCAUCGAGCACAUGACCUACGAGGUUUAUAAGUAUGCUGCCCGAGGGCUGUACGAGGAGCACAAAUUCCUGUUCACCUUGUUGCUUACCCUAAAGAUUGACAUCCAGAGGAACCGAGUCAAGCAUGAAGAGUUUCUCACUCUUAUUAAAGGAGGUGCCUCAUUAGACCUUAAAGCUUGUCCUCCAAAACCAUCAAAAUGGAUCCUGGACUUGACGUGGCUGAAUUUGGUGGAACUUAGCAAACUUAGACAGUUUUCAGAUGUCCUUGACCAGAUAUCGAGAAAUGAGAAAAUGUGGAAAAUUUGGUUUGAUAAGGAAAACCCAGAGGAGGAACCUCUUCCAAACGCCUAUGGUAAAUCUCUCGACUGCUUCAGACGUCUUCUCCUUAUUAGAUCCUGGUGUCCGGACAGAACCAUUGCCCAGGCCCGCAAGUACAUCGUGGACUCCAUGGGAGAAAAAUAUGCCGAAGGUGUUAUUCUAGACUUGGAGAAGACGUGGGAGGAAUCUGAUCCACGGACGCCACUCAUCUGUCUCCUGUCUAUGGGCUCAGACCCCACAGAUUCCAUCAUUGCCUUGGGGAAGAGAUUAAAAAUAGAAACCCGUUAUGUGUCCAUGGGCCAGGGCCAGGAGGUCCAUGCUCGGAAGCUCUUGCAGCAGACCAUGGCAAACGGAGGAUGGGCACUUCUGCAGAACUGCCAUCUGGGACUUGAUUUCAUGGAUGAGCUGAUGGACAUAAUCAUAGAAACUGAGCUUGUACAUGAUGCAUUCCGCCUCUGGAUGACCACCGAGGUUCAUAAGCAGUUUCCCAUUACACUCCUUCAGAUGUCCAUUAAAUUUGCCAACGAUCCUCCACAGGGCCUCCGGGCAGGACUGAAAAGAACAUAUGGUGGUGUGAGCCAAGACCUGCUGGAUGUGACCUCCGGGUCCCAGUGGAAGCCCAUGUUGUAUGCAGUGGCUUUCCUGCACUCCACUGUCCAGGAGAGGCGCAAGUUCGGUGCCCUGGGGUGGAAUAUCCCCUAUGAAUUUAACCAGGCGGACUUUAAUGCCACUGUGCAGUUCAUCCAAAACCACUUGGAUGACAUGGAUGUCAAAAAGGGCGUCUCCUGGACCACCAUCCGCUACAUGAUAGGAGAAAUUCAAUAUGGAGGCAGAGUCACUGACGACUAUGAUAAGAGAUUGUUGAACACAUUUGCUAAGGUUUGGUUCAGUGAAAAUAUGUUUGGACUAGAUUUCAAUUUUUACCAAGGAUACAACAUUCCAAGAUGCAGCACAGUGGAUAACUAUCUUCAAUAUAUCCAGAGUUUGCCUGCCUACGACAGCCCUGAGGUGUUUGGGCUGCACCCCAAUGCUGACAUCACCUAUCAGAGCAAGCUGGCCAAGGGCGUGCUGGACACCAUCCUAGGCAUCCAACCCAAGGACAGCUCUGGUGGAGGGGUUGAGACCCGGGAAGCGGUGGUGGCCCGGCUGGCUGAUGAUAUGCUGGAGAAGCUGCCCCCAGACUAUGUCCCCUUUGAAGUAAAAGAGAGGCUGCAGAAGAUGGGGCCAUUCCAGCCUAUGAACAUUUUCCUCAGGCAGGAAAUAGACAGGAUGCAAAGGGUACUCAGCCUUGUCCGCAGCACCCUCACUGAGCUGAAACUGGCAAUUGAUGGCACCAUCAUCAUGAGUGAAAAUCUGCGAGAUGCGUUGGAUUGCAUGUUUGAUGCUAGAAUCCCUGCUUGGUGGAAAAAAGUUUCUUGGGUUUCAAGUACGCUGGGUUUCUGGUUUACUGAACUUAUAGAAAGAAAUGGCCAGUUUACCUCGUGGGUUUUCAAUGGCCGACCUCACUGCUUUUGGAUGACAGGCUUUUUUAACCCCCAGGGAUUUUUAACGGCAAUGCGACAGGAAAUAACUCGGGCCAACAAAGGCUGGGCUCUGGACAAUAUGGUGCUUUGCAAUGAAGUCACCAAAUGGAUGAAGGAUGACAUUUCUGCCCCUCCCACAGAGGGCGUCUAUGUCUAUGGCCUAUAUCUUGAAGGUGCUGGCUGGGACAAGAGGAACAUGAAACUCAUUGAAUCAAAGCCAAAAGUGCUCUUUGAGUUGAUGCCUGUCAUAAGGAUUUAUGCAGAAAACAAUACUUUACGAGAUCCUCGGUUUUACUCCUGUCCCAUCUAUAAGAAGCCAGUUCGAACGGACUUUAACUACAUUGCCGCUGUGGACCUCAGGACGGCCCAGACCCCUGAACACUGGGUGCUCCGUGGGGUUGCCCUUCUCUGUGAUGUCAAGUAACAUGUCGGGAGUGUUCCCGCCCAAUGCUUUGGAAAAUGCAAGAUCUAAAUUAUUGUAACCUUUGUUUCUGUAUGACUGCUGGACAGUGUAUGUCAGGUCGUUUAUGCAAUUAAUGAGCUGCAUAGGUUUUCCCCACUCCUUAAUUGGGUGCUUAUAUUUUACCUGUUUCAUCAUUAGUGACCAAUGUCUGAGUUUGUUGAAAAUACUAUUUAGUGAUA